AAGGUGGGGAAGGGAUACCAACAAGCUAUAUCCAAAAUACGCCAGCCUUGCAGGGUCAGGACAUUGGUCACGCAGCCAACAGGCGCGGUUGGUCAGCCUUUAUGGGGGUUGGAACGGGCUUUCCGUGUCCCAGCGAUCUUCUAGAUUCCGGGCAGAGAGACAGGGAAAUUGGCUCGAGAUUAUGCUCAAGACAUGCUAUUGCUGAUGACAGGGUGAAACAAGAUAGGUAUUCAUCACGCCGGAUGUAUUGUUGUCUGUGGACAGCUCGGCAGUGGUUUUUUUUUUUUUUUUUUUUUUUUUUUUUAAUCAGGUUUCCGUGGCAGCCCAGUUUGGCUUCACGAUACAACUAUUGCCAGACGCACCAUGCUCAUGCAGGAAUAACAAAGAGGAUAUGUAUUAGACCGUUCCACCGAACCAUUAUCUAUGUUCCAUGGCGAAACCUUCUGAUUCCUCCUGAUCAACUCAAGAAUUCAUGAUUCUGGUCAUCUUUCUAUGUUACUCCUACAUAGGGCUGUUGGCCACCGAAGCACCAGCCGUGAGAGCCUGUUGGUCGGAGAUCUUUACCUGGCAGACAUCCGAAGGGAACACUGCAUGGAAAAUUAUGUUGACAAAAAGAGAUUUCAGAUGAGAUAAUCGUCAAGAACAAAAUUAAAAUGAACCAAAAAAGACCGUCACU